AUGGCUACCGAUGGCUACCGAUGGCUACAGAUGGCUACAGAUUGCUACCGAUGGCUACCGAUGGCUACAGAUGGCUAUAGAUUGCUACCGAUGGCUACCUACUUCAUCAUCAUCAGUGAUGCUGCAGGUUACCAUGGCAACAGCAGCCUCCCUCUCCCAGCAUGCAUCAGGAGCAGAGCGCCCCCCCUCAGGGAGCGGCAGCAGGUGGAAGUGACGCAGCAGCAGAGAGACGAGCAGCAGCCAGCAGGAGUGAUGAUGGAUGGAGACUCGGCCCCCCUCGGAGAUGGCCUCGCCCCUGAAGAGCAGUGCAUGCUGGGAGCUGUGAAGGAAUCAGCAGAAGAGGCUUUGAAGGCCUCCAGGUCAGCCGGAGGAACCAGAGCUUCCAGGAUCAUCUCAGCCAAGAGUACAGAGUCAGUAGACGGAGGCAGCAGUCCAGGAAGUCGUUCCCCCGCCAGUCGAUCCUCCACUCCAAACAGAGACGUCAAGAAGGUGGCGGUGGUCCGGACCCCCCCCAGGUCUCCCGGCGCUGCUCGUGGACGGACGCCCCCCCUCCCCUCCCACCCCAUGCCUGACCUCAGCAACGUGAGGUCAAAGGUCGGAUCCAACGAGAACCUCAAACACACACCUGGAGGGGGCAAGGUUCACAUUGUUAAUAAGAAGUUGAAUCUCACCAGCGUGACAUCAAAGUGCGGCUCCAAAGCCAACAUCUACCACAAACCAGGUGGAGGGAAGGUGGAGAUUAAAUCAGAGAAGGUGGAUUUUAAAACUGUUCAGUCUAAAGUGGGUUCUCUGGGGAACGUUACUCAUGUACCAGGAGGAGGGAAGAAGAAGAUUGAGAGUCAGAAACUGAACUUCAGAGAGAGCGCCAAAGCUCGGACCGACCACGGCGCCGACAUCGUCGUCCAGCUUGACGACUCUUCCUCCCCCCACAGCCCCGAUGCUGCUGAAGCUCCGCCCCUUGACACCUUGGCCAACCAGGUGUCUGCCUCCCUCGCCAAACAAGGCCUGUGAUUGGACAACCCUGUGCCUGCAGACCCCGCCCCCUCCUCCCGUUACCAAGGAAACUGCCUGAUGGAAGAAAGAAAAAAAAAGAUCAUUCUGCCUUUUUCCUCAUGACCUUCAUCUGAUAUCACCCCGACGGGGUUGGAGAGAUUUUAUGAUGUAAUGUGAAGCCUUUAACUUCAGCUACAUGAGCGACCAAUCACAAGUCAGUCAGCCAGGUGUUCAGGUGUUUUCUCCAGAGUCGGCGCUCAGAGCCCUCGCAGGUGUAAUGUGUCAUCAAAAGGUGUGCAAGGAACGCCGUUCACUGUUUCUAAGCAACAACGGUUGCAGCUCCAACCGAGGUCAAAGUUGAAGUCAUUUGAACUAUGAGCGCAGCACAUGGUGGCAAUUUCUAGCGCUGCGCCACGCCGAGGGGUAGCACGCUCCCACCUAGUCAGGCGGCGCUGUCCGAGCGGCGCCGCCCUCCCCGUAGGAAAACAACGACACAGCCAGCACAGAGCAAUUUACCGCUGAUCAUGAGUGGCCGGCUUUAGGCUAGUAGCUUCUCUUCCAGUCUUUGUGCUAAGCUAGGCUGGUAGCUUCAUUUAGAUUUUGUGAUCAAAUGUUUGUUCCAGGAGUUCUUGAGAACGUUCUCAGGGUCAGUUAGAUGGUCUCAGGAGUUCUUGAGAACGUUCUCAGGGUCAGUUAGAUGGUCUAAGGAGUCCUUGAGAACGUUCUGAGGGUCAGUUAGAUGGUCUAAGGAGUUCUUGAGAACGUUCUCAGGGUCAGUUAGAUGGUCUAAGGAGUUCUUGAGAACGUUCUCAGGGUCAGUUAGAUGGUCUCAGGAGUUCUUGAGAACGUUCUCAGGGUCAGUUAGAUGGUCUAAGGAGUUCUUGAGAACGUUCUCAGGGUCAGUUAGAUGGUCUAAG